AUGCUGCAACUCGGGUUGAUCACUACAAUUUCCACUGCAACCGGCAUCCUUGGCUGUGCCUGGUGGGCUGGCGCAACUGCAUCAUUGUCCAUGUUCAGCGUCCCUGCCAUCCUCCAAAGCAGCUCCGAACCAGCCCAUGCACUGAGGCUAUGGCGACAUAUUUUCUUGAACGGCGCGUCGACCGGCCCCAAAGUAGCGCUCCUUACCUUUUUGUCCUUGGCUUACACGGCGUAUGACCACCACAACCGGGGGGCUGUGUGGAAGCCGUACACCACCGCCGCGGUCCUGAGCCUCGCCAUCGUGCCCUUCACCCUCGUCUUCAUGUCGUCGACGAACAACGCACUCAUGGCCGGCGCGCAGGGUGUCGAAACGCUUUCCUUGUCCGAGACGACGGAGCUGUUGACAAGGUGGCGGGCACUCAACUUAGUACGGAGCCUCAUCUCGCUCGCCAGUGCCGGCAUUGGUCUGUGGUGUGUGACUUUCCAAUAA